AUGGAACAAAAUCAGAACAAGAACAAAGGAGUUGCUGCAGAUUGCAGUACUAGUAGCGAUGACGUUGAGAGAUAUUUCAACUCGUUGCCUGUUGGGUAUCGAUUCGCUCCUAGUGAUGAUGAGCUGAUUCGUUAUUAUUUACUGAGAAAGAUCAACAAUGAACACUUGCCUCCUAAUAGAAUUCAUGUAGUUGAUUUAUAUAACUAUAGCCCUCAACAGCUCGCAGAAACCUAUAAACUGAAUAGAGAAAGAGAAAGCCAGUGGUAUUUUUUCACGAGUAGGGAGAAAAAGUACCCGAAUGGAUCUAGACCGAAACGAAACGCAGGGGAAUUAGGAUAUUGGAAGGCCACAGGAACUGAUAAAGCAAUCCUAGAUGGAAAAAAACCUCUGGGAUUCAGAAAGUCUUUGGACUAUUAUGAGGGGAGGCAGCGUGAUGGAACCAAAACCAACUGGAAGAUGCAUGAAUAUCUUCUUCAUCAAAGCCUUGUUCCUUCAGGCGCUACGGCCAGAGGCAAAAACCCACUGCAGCCUAAGCAGUUAGAUGAAUGGGUUCUCUGCAAGAUCUACAACAACAAAGCAGAAGGCAAGAAAAAUAAGAACGAUGAAGAUGGAGAAACUGUAAAUGCAGAAACAGAAAUUCCACAUGCUGAUGAUUCCACUGCACAGCCUCUACCGUGUGAUAAUUCUUUGAUGAUUUCCGAAGAAUACGAGAAUACUUAUGGGUCUUAUUUGCUUCCUCCUCUUUCUUCUGAUCCUUCUCAGCCAAUUUUGAAUAACAUGGACUAUAAUCCUCCACGAAAUCCUCUACCAAUGGACAACACAUUCAAUAAUAAAUUUGCCUAUAAUGUACAACCAAUCCAAACCUAUUACCCUCCUUCUCAUUAUAGCAACGGCUUUCAACCCAUGUAUGGAUGUGGAGAUCAAGUUUCUGAUAUUAACUGCAUGGAGACGGCCACCAUGAAUGAUCAUCUUUUACCUCCAGCUGAGGAACCCUUCUAUGGACGUGGGGAUCAAGUUUGGGAUAUUAACUGCUUGCAGACGGCCGCCAUAAAUGAUAAUCUUUAUGUGCCAGCUGAGGAACCCGUAUUUGAAUGUGGAAAUCAAGUUUCUGAUAAUAACUACAUGGUGACGGCCGACAAGAAUGGUUAUCUUUUAGUGAUAGCUGAGGAACCAAAUCCUUUGCUCGAACCUGCAGCUGUUGAGAAAAGUACUAGAGAAUUUGAUGCUCAACCUAGCUCUUCAAAUCAGCCUAUGCCUGUUGAAGGAGCUUAUGAUCAUGCAUCUUCAGUGCACAGGGAGGAGGAGAGGCAGAGCUCCCUGUUUGAUAUGCUGCAAUAUUUUAGCUAA